CAUGAGUUUUCCAUUUCUAACAGAUGAUGAUUCAGUCCAAUUGACUGACUCCAUAUAAUUAGUCAGCUAAAAAAUGAUUAUAGUUAUGCAGAUCUGAUGGUUACAGUUAGCCAAUGUGUUAUAGCAAAAUCAAGAGUGAGAGAAAGCAUUAAUGAUGCAAUUAUAAAUCACUAAAAUUUGCGUCAUUGUAUUGUCACGGAAUGCUGGAGAAAUCUUUUGCGAGCAAUCUCAUUCUCCGAUUCCUCCCUUCACCGUUCCUUGAACGUGUCAAUCAAUCCCACAACGACAACACUACAACAAUCACCUGCUUCCUGCGGGUUCCCUAGAACUUAAAGCCCCCCAUCUCUCCCCACAAAUAUUAAAAUAUUAAAUCAACCCCUUACUCCUUCCCUAUACCGUUUCAGCUCUUCGCCUCUCUAAUCCGUCUUGUCACCAUCCUUAGGCCUCAGUCGUGCAGCUCUCAGUCCCAUUUCUCUCUUUUUCUCACUUUGGCUUAAAUUUUAUCAAACACUCUUUCACUUUCACCAACCGCUCUUCGAGUCCACCCCCCCUUAACCUCUCUUUGUUUGCUAACGUGCGCCUAUAAGAAAAACAGAAGAACAGGAAUUGUAUACAACAGAGCUUCUCUCUCGUGUUGUUUUGUUUAUUGCUAUCUUAUUCCAUUAUAAGCGAAACACAAGGAGGAGAAAAAAAAAAAAAACCGUUGAGACCUGUCUUUUUACUCUUUUCAUUUCCUUGCCAUCUGCUAAAAAUUUCAUCUUCAUGGUCAGAACUAAAACAGAAGACCAAAAAAGAAGCCACCUUUUUUUCUUCCCCGUCUUUCUCCCACAUAACCAAGAUAUCCGAGAAUCAAAGAAAAAAGUUUUAAGGUCUAAGACCAAGUUUUUACUUUACCAGGGACCUUUUUAUUUUUCUUUCAUGGGUCUUCUAAUUCUCUUACUGCUAACGUGCGCCGCACUUCCAUUGGCUUCAUCAGAUCCUAACGAUGAGGCUUGUUUAACUCACUUAAGCCAAACCUUGAAAGACCCAUUAAAGAACCUGCAAAACUGGACCAAAUCCAUCUUUGCAAACCCUUGUAACGGUUUCACUUCUUAUCUCCCUGGCGCCACUUGUAAUAAUGGUCGAAUCUACAAACUUUCCCUUACAAACCUCUCUCUCCAAGGCUCUCUCUCACCUUUUCUCUCGAACUGUACCAAUCUUCAGUCGCUUGACUUAUCUUCAAACUCCAUCUCAGGUCCCAUUCCACAAGAUUUACAAUAUUUAGUCAAUCUGGCAGUGUUGAAUCUUUCAUCAAAUCGUCUUGAAGAAGAGAUCCCACCACAGCUUACAUUAUGUGCUUAUCUAAACGUCAUUGAUCUUCAUGACAAUUUACUCACUGGUCAGAUUCCUCAACAAUUAGGCCUUUUAGCACGGUUGUCAGCUUUUGAUGUUUCUUACAAUAAGCUUUCAGGGCCAAUACCAGCCUCUUUAGGGAACAGAAGUGGGAAUUUGCCAAGGUUCAAUGCUUCUUCUUUUCAAGGAAAUAAGGAUCUUUAUGGAUACCCUUUACCACCUAUGAAAAGCAAAGGGUUGUCUAUUUUAGCCAUUGUUGGGAUCGGAUUGGGAAGUGGACUUGCUAGUUUGGUUCUUAGUUUUACUGGAGUUUGUAUUUGGUUGAAGAUUACGGAGGAAAGGAUGGCUGCCGAAGAAGGGAAGAUUAGUCAACUUAUGCCUGAUUAUUAGAAGCUUGAUUCAAUAUGUUAUUGAAGAUUUCUGAGCUAAAAUGGAAAGAUUGAAAAAUUCCAGGUAUGUUUUUAAAAUUAUUUUUUCUUUCUUCUCAAUUUUAGUGAGGUUUGGGCUAAUCUUAUUUAGAGAAGUUGUUUUUUACUGAUUGUUUUCCUUUUGGAGAGAGUUUUCCUGGUUUUUUUGGCUUAACUAUUCUGGGCGUUUUCUUCUUCUUUUAUCUUCUUUUUGUGUUUCUCUAUAAUAUUUAUCUUCAACAAUCAUCAACAAUGUAUAAAGCAAUUCAAACAUGAGCCUUUCCAGUACAAGUAAUGCAGUUUCGUAUUAUUGUAAAUGAAUUAUUUGCUGUUUACAUUUUUCAAUCUUUUUUCUCAAGUCUCCCCAGAGUGCAGAGUCGUGGGGUUGAUGAAUGAAAGAACUGCGCCGUGGAAUUUUGUUUGCUGGUGGCAAUAGCGAAAAAAAUAUUAUAAAGAAAAGAGUGGUGGGGCUGGGCACUCUGGCUUGGGGGGUGUGGGGUGGUGGGAGAACUGAGUCUUUGUAAAAUCCUGAAGGCCGAAAUUUGGUUGCAUUCAUUAAUAAUUGGCUUUACCUACUUGUGGUUUCUUAUGCUCUGCUAAUGUUAGCCGGUGGGAGAUCGGCACCUUCACAUUGCAUGCCUAUGUAUAUAUAAUAUAUUGUUGGAACACAUGCGUAUGUGAUUGUCUACUUCUUACAACAAAAAGAUAUGCUUUAAUUAACUUUAUACUUUGGUUUGUGGGUUUGGUCAAGCCAACAUUCGGGACAGUUCCCUGCUUGUUUCUGCCUAAUGCUUUUGGGUUCAAAGUUCUAUGGGCGCAUAUAAGAGGAAAAACCAUAUUGCCUUGAUGAUUAACGUUCUUUUAGUUUGAAGAUGGGGAAUGAAGAUUCAAACCCCUUCUUUGAGUGAAGAAUAUCUGAUUCUCAUUUAUUGAAAUGAGAAAUGGCAAAAGGAAUUUCUUUCUUUUUUCUUCAGCAUUUGAUUUGAGUAAAAAAUAAGGAUUUUUUAACAUUGAUGAAGUGGUUUCCAUUAUUAUGUGGGUUUUUGCUUGGGUUUAUGAGUUCAAGGCACUUGAAUUUCCUUCACCUUUCUAUAUUCAUUUUGUUUUCACUUUUAGGUUGACAGUCUAGAGUUCUAGCCUUCUAGUAUUUGUUUAUGUUUUCAAAGGCAACUUUAUUUUCUUCAUUGGCAAUGAGCAAGUUAGUGAUGCCAAGAUUUUGCUUGAACCUUAUUUUAAUCUUUGAAGCUAUGUACGGCAAAUGGUUAACCUAUUUCAUAAGAUUGGAAUUUUAAUCUUUGAAAAGAAUUUAUGAAUUUUGAACUGUACAAAGGGUAAAGUCCAAGAUAAUAAUGGUUAGUAAAUUAUUAAGUAGAAAUUUCCAUGCAAUGCUUGUUUGCUUUUCUUGGGUGCUACUCAACUACCAUGGUGAAAACAGACAAAAAUGGACCCCAUUUCUUAAUGUUCAUGUUCUGAAUUCGGGUCCUUAAACUGCGCAAUAAGCAGGAAAACCAAAGUAAAUGAACAGUGAAAGAAAUUGGAACAAGCCUAUUCCAGAAAUUUGGAAAAAACAAACAUGAACAAAGCAUUCUUGGCCAAACCGAAUUAGACAGAUCUAGUGACACUAUAAUGAAAUGUUUUAUCUUUUUAAAGGUUCACUCAACAAAAGCCAAUUUUAACCAAAGUCUAGGCCCACAAUUGUCUUCAGCCCUAUGGAUGGCUGUGAUUGCAGAAAUUUCAAGUCACACCGAAAGUAGUUGAUGGUCAAAUUUGCUUUCAUUCCUCUUACUAAUGGGU